GAGGACUACCUGUUGAGGGAACAAGGUGUAUUAUCAAAAGUAUUGUUAAGUUUAGUGUUGAACAUUGUCUGUAACUGCUUUAAAUAUAUAGUGAAAAACUACAACUAUGCCGCGAGCGUUUCUGAUGACUCACCGCAGGUACAAUUUUGAGGAAGAACACCAUAAAGGUCAAAGUCCUGAACACAACGUCAGCACUGCCGAAUCAAUGAGUGACAUGCAAUCAACAGAAAAUAGUUCAGAAUGUCCAGAUGAACUUUACAAUUUGACCAAACUAGCAGAAGUUGCUGUUGCUACCGGCCAAAUACUGGAACAAAGAAGACUUAAUUCCUCACCUGGUACUGAAGAGGAGCCGCCGUCCUAUAUAUACACCCACAAAUUAUUUGACAAAUCGUCUCGAAUACCAAGACCACACCUAACUAAGACUGAUGAAGAUUCCAAACCCACUAUAUUCGAUCUUUCUUCCAAACCUCAACAAUCCAUUUCACCUUCGCCACCAGAACCGUCAAACUCAGAGUCUCCACAAAACAUUCUGGUGUCAUCUACUUCUACAUCGUCUGAACAUCAUGAACAUGAAUGUUCUGAGUGCGGCAAACGCUACAGCACCUCCAGCAAUUUGGCCAGACAUCGUCAAACACAUCGAAGUCCAGCCGACAAAAAGGCAAGACGAUGUCCGCAUUGUGAUAAGAUCUACGUCAGUAUGCCAGCUUUUUCGAUGCACGUAAGAACGCAUAACCAAGGUUGCAAAUGUCAAUAUUGCGGCAAGUGUUUCUCGAGACCUUGGUUGCUCCAAGGCCAUAUUCGAACACAUACAGGCGAGAAACCAUUUAAGUGUACCAUCUGCAACAAAGCAUUCGCGGACAAAUCAAAUCUGAGAGCCCACAUCCAAACCCAUUCCAAUACGAAACCGCAUAUUUGCGGUAGAUGCGGCAAAGCCUUCGCUCUUAAGUCAUAUUUGUACAAGCAUGAAGAAUCAUCUUGCAUGAGAAUGAAUGGAGGUAGACAUAAUUCCAGGGAAGCAACUCCAGACAAAAUGAUGUCUACAUCUUCGCCAACGCCGGUGAUUGUAUCUUUGUCUCAGAGGAUUUCGGACUCGGUUAUCAAAGGACCCGAUGUAAUAAGGACUCCUAUGCUAUACAGGUCUACAGUAAUAUCACCUAAUCCAGAGAGAAUUCUUUACUCAACCAUCAAACAUCCCUCAGUGAUAUUAAACGCUACAAGAUAUGGAGCAAAUAUGGGACUGCAAGACCAGCCGAUGGACUUUUCUUCGUCAUCUAAUAAAGACAGAUCCUUUGGUUCAAACGGAGAUAGAGGAGGUUACGCCUUAGGCCUAGCCAUUGCUGUUUGAACCACAACAGAUCACAAAAUUCCUUUCUUUUUGUGGGACCACAAAAAUUCCAAAUGGUUUAAAUUAAAUUCUUAUAAAAUUGACCAAUGUCAGUAUAUGUAUUAUUGUUUGAAUUUAAAUAGUGUUUGCGUUAUUUGAAAUAAAUUGUUUAUUAG